AUGGGCUUCAGAAAUAUCCCGGAGUGGCGGCACCGACCGACGGCGGUCGCGGCUGUGUUCGACCAGGAGAGGCGCGGCGAGGUACGCUCCGCACCCUUCCACGGCUCUCGGCUACGAUCCGCACCUCGCCGGGCGAUACCGCAGCUUUGCCUCCCCGCUCUGCAUCGGACCGCUCCGGCCGGUACCGCUCCGAUCAGCCUCGCACGGCGCGGCGCCUCUUUGGCCGGUACCGCUCCGAUCAGCCUCGCACGGCGCGGCGCCUCUUUGGCCGGUACCGCUCCGAUCAGCCUCGCACGGCGCGGCGCCUCUUUGGCCGGUACCGCUCCGAUCAGCCUCGCACGGCGCGGCGCCUCUUUGGCCGGUACCGCUCCGAUCAGGCCCGCGCCGCUCCGUAGCUUGCCUCUCCGCUGCCAGCCGCGCUCCGGGCAGCACCGCACCGUAACGCACGGUGCCUCUCCCGCCCGUAUCGCGCCCAUCAGCCCCGGACCGCACGAUACUUCUCCGGUGAGCCCCUCGCCAAUCAGCUUCACGCCGCACAGCAGCCCUCCGGUGGACUCCGCACCGAUCAGCCCCGCACCGCACUUCUCUGGUGAGCCUCGCACCGAUCGGCCCGGCACCGCACGGUCCCUCUGCGCCAAGCCACUUGCCGCACUUCCCCGCUCGGUCCUGCUCCGUUCAGCCCCUCGGGGCCGGUCCCAGCCCUCCCUCCCACCGGCGCUCGUCCCCGGCACGGCCGAGGCAGCGCACCCCGCUCCGCCGGCCCCCGCGGAGGUCGGUGGCCCGGCCGGUGCCCCGGGCAGCAGGAUGGCGACCGCUGCCAAGCCGUCCGAGCUGCUGGGGGUCUGCUCCAGCUACCAGGCGGUGAUGCCCCACUUCGUCUGCGUGACCGAGGAGUUUCCUUCUCCGGCUCGCCCCGCCAAGGCCCCCAAAGGCAAGCUGCGGCGGCCCCGCCAGUCCCGCUUCAAGACUCAGCCGGUGACUUUCGACGAGAUCCAAGAGGUGGAGGAGGAAGGAGUGUCCCCAAUGGAAGAGGAGAAGGCCAAGAAGUCCUUCCUGCAGUCCCUGGAGUGUCUGCGGAGGAGCACCCAGAACCUCAGCCUGCAGCGAGACCGCCUGGGCAGCUGCCGUCUCCGCAACAGCCUGGACUCCAGCGACUCGGACUCGGCUCUCUGAGGGCUGGGUGGGACCCUGCCCGGCCUGGUGGGAUCUGGUGGGACCCGAGCAGCCCCCAGAGCCGGGAUGUUUUCUAAGGAAGCGCUCUCGUCCCUUCGUUUCUACUCGGCUGUACCAAACUCUGCGCUUCAAGGACAUAAAGUAACUGUCUUUUCUACUCCUCGGAAGAAACGAGCUGGCUUAGGAGUGCGGAGCUGCUGGACUCGUAUUUAUUUUUGCAUUUCAGGCGUGGACUGCGUUAAUUUAAUAUGUUUCUACCCGAGUGUCUGUUACUGUUUCCAUACAAGAGUAAUAAACCUGGAUCUAUUUGCACAGUA